AUGAUGAUGAAUAAAUUUGGACUGUUCCUGAGACUUUUGCUGUUUUUUGGUAUAGGAAGGUAAGCAGUAGUUUAAACCACGAUUGACGAUAAAAUAUAAGCGAUGGAAAUCGGCUCAAACAUUUACGACGCAAAAAAUCCUAUAGAACAUGGAAGUCUGUAUGUUUGUCUUGUAAUAAGUCCCGUAAUUUGUCUUGUUCAAAUUCGUGUUGUUACUGAUCUAAUGUGUGUCCCUGUGUUCGUCUUGUUAAGCUUCAUUGUCGGCUAAUUUCCACUCAGGAAAAUUUCCACAGGAGCGGACGGCGUUGGAACUAUAACGACUUUAGCACUAUGUAACUUUCCUUUCCCUUCCUAUUCUGCGGAUGGUUUUCCUGGGUGCAAACUGGCCUUUUUAUAUUACUAAAGAUCUAAUGAAGAAUGUGUCAUGUUCGUUUUGUACACGGCAAAAAACGCCGAGCCCGCUGCUCAACAGGACUGAACAAUGUUUUGCUGCCCACGUUGUUCACACUUGUCAACAAUAUUGUUGAGCCUGAAUCGGGUGUAACAAUAUUGUUCAAUAUUGUUGACAGCUAUGAACAAUGUGGGCAGCAAAACAUUGUUCAAUCCUGUUUUCAUCAGUAUUGCAUCAACCUGAGCGUUUUUACGCGUGUAAGGGCUGCUGUGAUUGGCGCAAAGCUGUAGCAGCCAUUUCUUAAUAGUUUGUAUAUAUUCUUGUGUUUGUAUGUUUGUGCAGAUAGCCUAUGAUUGUGUGAAAUUGGCAAAGCAUAAAAAUAAACAAAUAAAUAAAUAAAUUCAUUGAAAAUAAACUGUAAACAAUAAUAACAAUAGUUUAUUUUGUGUUCAAUAUAUAGACCACAUGGAGUAAGACUUUUUUUAAAUGUGUUUAUCACAUUAAAAAACGAUGUUUCGGAGAUUUACUCCAUCUUCAGGUAGUUACAAGAUUACAAAUUGAAUUCAAAUUGAAUUCAGUUUAAAAUUCAAAUUGUAUAAUCUUAUAACUACAUGAAGAUGGAGUAAAUCUCCGAAACGUAGUUUGUUAAUUGUAAUAAACAUAUUAAAAUUCUUUUUGUAGUCUAUAUAUUGAACACAAAAUAUACUAUUAACAUGCAUGAGACUUAGCUAGGGAAAGUUCGAUCGUUCCUAAACAUUUUGAAUAAUAACAAUGGCAGAACUAAAACUGGAAGUAAUAUAAUACACUAUAAUUUUUCUUAAUCACAGACUUAAAAAAUAAAAUGAUGAAAUGAUCGUCAUAUACAACAAUGCAAGACAACCACUGCAAAAUAAUAUUUCAUAUUCGGAAAAUAUAGCUAGCAAAGCGAGGAGUGAUUUUUGAGAAAUAACUGUCAAGCUCCUCAUGGGCGUACCGGAAGGAAAAAAUUAGGGGGCGGAAAGAAAAUUGCCCGACUUUUCGGGAUUCUGCCCGACUAGUACCAAAAAAUUUUUUCCGGAAAAAUUAUUUUGGCGACCUCCCCCCCCCCGUCGCCAAAAAAAAUUCGGUCAGUGUACCAUUUUAGGGGUCAAAAAAAUUUUCCGUACAACCAAUAUUUUUCGAAACAUAACACAAAUUUUCGAAAAAUCACAAAAUUUGCCAAAAAAUUGACUUAAUUUUAGACAAAAUUGACAGAAUUUGUCCCAUUUUUUUUUAUUGCAAACCAAAAUUGCCCGACUGUUGAUCGAAUAUUGCCCGACUGCCCAAAAAACUGGGGGGGCUACCGCCCCCCCCCCCCGCCCCCCCCGCCCGGUACGCCUAUGAAGCUCCUUGUAUAGCUAAGAACAUGCGAGACAAGAAUGCAAACUCUAUAUAAUUAAAUCGAUUAUUUAAAAUUGAUUGUUGUAUUAUUCCAUUCUUUUUACCAGAGUAAAAUGCUUCGAAAAUGACGAAGAGAAUAGCAAUUUUCUCAUGAUGAGAAUAAUUUUACCAACAUGCGAACUAAAACGUCCAGUAAAAGACGCUAUUCUGAACAUUGAAGAGCAAGUUCAAAACCUUACAAAACUUGUGGAAAUUCGAGAGCUACGAUCGCGACAACAUUUAAAAGACGAGAUGCGAAACCUUUUAGAUGAAGUCACAAAAGUUCAACUGAAUACACUUAAAAGCAUUUCUAUUCUGCUGAAUAAAACAAGAAAAG